AUGUCUGCUGUUGCUGCUGCUGGCACGCGGCGGUCGCUGCUGCACGACGUAUUGUCGCAUGCCGAAGUGGUGGAGUUGGGCCUGGACGGCUCCGUUGACGAUCUGCCUCCCCUCACUACUCGCCUAAGCCCUCCUUCUGCUCGUGCGGUUCUGCUCUUUGCUUGGUGUUACUUCUUUACCUUCUGGGGGGCAACAGCAUUGCUAGUUCGCCGCAUCGUUUCACUGCAUGCAGACACUCUGUUGCCGGGGCCAGGGGAAUUCAUUUUUGUGGCGCUUUCGACAGUUCUGCUGGUGUCCGCAGAGUUUGGGGUGUACUGCCACCUCAAGGCCGUGAACCCUGUACCCAGCAGCAGCGGGCCCAUGGGCAGUCAGUUCUCUCCCACUCCUUUUUGCACUUUGGCACACUUCACGCUUUCUGCAGCUUCGCGUUUCUGCAGUUUCCUUCAGUUAUUAUUUCUUUUGCAUGCAUUGGUGCUGCCGGCUCCUUUGUUGAUCUGUGCGGGCUUUACGGUGUCUAUCACUGUGGGGGCGUUGCCGUUUUUGCUCCAGCUGCGGUGUCUAUUGGGUUGCCUCUUUGGCGACUCCUUCGACCCUUUGAUGCCAUCUACUUGUAUCCCAUUUGCCUCUCUCGAGCGUCUGCUGCUCCGCUGCGGCCGCCUGUGCCUUGCGGGUGUAGCGAAGGGAGCCAGGGGGGCCCUCUGCCACCUCCGUAGGGGCACUGAGAGGUUGGGGGGCCUCAGACGGCGCGGUGCGUCGGUCUCUCCAGGCAGACGAGUGGAUAUAGCAUGCUGUGACUUGGGUGCAAGCAGCAGCAGCAGCGCACAUCAGGCGCCCAACCGCUGCCAUGCUAAUUUGGGGGGUUCAGCAGCAGCUACACAGUUGUUGCAGGCAGCAGAACAGCCCUUAGACGAGCUGGGGGCCCUUCGUGCAGUUUGUAAGGAGCCAAUGGGGGCUUCAGGCGAGAGCCAGCGCGGAGGCGCAGAGUGUACCUCGGCGGAAGAGGGGAACGCGGGGUCAGCUGGGAAUGAUUCCCGAACACUUUCAUCUUGUGAAGCAACUGCACGUGCAGGAUGGAGGUCAGACGAACAGCAGCAACUGCGUUCAACCGCAGUUACAUCCCACUCCUUUGAUCCCCAUUCUAGCGCCCGUCGCUGCCCUGAGGGUUCCCCUCGUUUCUUUUAUCGGGAAGAGGUCGCCAGCAACCAAAGGCAAACUAGCCCCCCAGAGACUCAAAGGAGGGCCCCCACCCCUGAGUAUAUCUCCCCUAAGGCAGCUUUGGGGCUGGGGAACUGUCUGUUUCUGCUGGACCUUCCGGGCCUCACGCUGCACUUCAAAGCGAACUUUCUACCUCUCGAACAGCUCGAGGCGCAUGAGUUCCUCACAUCUAUCGUCUCCCUAGUGUAA